AAGUGCCAAAGGCUAAAGCGGGUACUGUAGCCCCUCCUUCAAGACUCAAAGUCUGCGCCAUUGAUCUCCACGUCCAGCCCGUCCCUCCUCGCCACUUUACUUCCGAACGCCUACCCACCUCUCGAUGUUGUACAGAAAACAAUGCUCUUCUUCAGAUUCAGGUUCAGGGUACCCACAUGCGCUGAAUUACAAAAUUCCUCAGUAACGAUCACUGGCUGUGAUGGCGUUGCAGGAGAAUCGUCAAACCCACCGACUUCGUCUUCUCCGGGUAUCACCGGUUCAUGGAUUCAGGGUUUUAGAGGAAUUCCUUAGACGAGCUGAUUUCACCAUCCCAUGGUGACGAGGUUCUGCUCGAUCCUUGCAACUACUCUGAAGUGGUUUCUACAUUGCUUGAGCGUGGCAGUUCCGCAAUGGUUCCUUCGAGUGUGUGGCUUCUUUAGUGAGGCAUAUGUCAAUGUGGAGAGGGUUGUUGUUGUCGUAGUUUCUGAGGAGAGAGUUUACUAAACAAAAUCAGACCGUAAUUUGGGUACAGAUUUCUGGGAUGUGUUGUACGUGUAUUUUUAUCCUAGACGUCUCCUUCAUAAUCUUGUAGAACCACCAGCCGUCAAUGCCUCACAGUACUUUGCAGAUAACUCUGUGUAGGAGGCGUGACCCUAAGGAAUCCAGCGUGUAAUGCACGGCGUCUGAGCCUCGGGUGUGAAGCGAGGCUGCGACGUCUGGCGGAGAUUAGAACGAUCAAACUGCAUGUGGAGUUGGUAAUGUGGCAUGUCCCGUGAACUGGACAACAGAAAGUUGAGGGGAGUGCGCCUUUGUAGUGGACAUUGUGUUCGAGAAAUGAUGGCAGGGAAGGCGAUCAUCGUAAUGGGUACCUCCGGUGCUGGAAAAUCAACGGUAGGGAGACUCCUUGCAGCAGAGCUACGUUGCGAGUUCCUCGAUGCGGACAACUUUCAUUCUGCUCAAAAUAAAGAGAAGAUGAGUCGUGGCGUCGCGCUCACGGACGAGGACCGAAUGCCGUGGUUGGAAACACUUCGUGACACGUUGAUAGACUACAUUAUUCGGGGCCAAUGUGUUGUGUUGGCAUGUUCUGCUCUUCAGCCCCACUACAGAGAUCUCCUACGCACAGCGGAUUACGAGUUCCUGCUCAAUGAAACAACACCAGAACCAGUUAGCACCCCAACAAGCAACGAUAUCAAUCACCAACAUCGACGGCAAGGAAAAAGCUUGAGCUCACUUGUGGUGUUCGUAUAUCUCAAAGCCACAGUCGGUGUUCUAUCAGCAAGAUUAGCUGUGAGGGAUAUCGCAGGUACCCAUUACGCUCAUGCAUCGCUUCUACAAUCCCAGAUUGAUGCUCUCCAGUUUGAAGCUGAUGAAAGAGACAUCAUGGACGUGGAUGCAGCCUUGCCUCCUGCACAGAUUGUGCGAAACAUUCAGAAGCAGCUCCAAGUGUGACGUCGUGGACCCACAUCGAGUAAGUUUUCUAGGAACUGCUGCAUGCCUUGGAAUCAUACUUUGUCUGCUUCACGAAUUUGUUUACAUCAUCUCAACGAAGGUCGAUUUGUGAUCA